AUGGCAAUGUUGCGCUGGGCAUACACCGAUGAGUUGGAACUCAGUGAGGAUGAUGCCUUUCUUAUUGAAUUGAUGAAGCUGGCCAACCGCUUUCAGCUUCAGCUGCUCAGAGAGAGGAACUGCAUUCGCUUCUAUCAGACAGCUGAGGAGCUAAAUGCCACUACUCUGAUGAACUACUGUGGGGAGAUCAUAGCCAGUCACUGGGAUGACCUGAGGAAAGAAGACUUCAGCACCAUGAGUGCCCAACUUCUGUACAAGAUGAUCAAAUCUAAAACCGAGUAUCCUCUUCACAAAGCUAUCAAAGUUGAGCGAGAAGAUGUGGUCUUUCUCUAUCUCAUUGAAAUGGACUCACAGCUACCUGGUAAGCUAAAUGAAUUGGACAACAAUGGUGACCUGGCACUAGACUUGGCACUCUCUCGUAAAUUAGAAAGUAUUGCCACUACUCUGGUUAACAACAAAGCCGAUGUGGAUAUGGUGGACCAGAGUGGCUGGAGCCUCCUGCAUAAGGCCAUCCAAAGAGGCGAUGAAUUUGCCUCAAUCUUCCUGAUUCGCCAUUCAGCUCAGGUGAAUGCAGCCACAGUUGGGGCUGUGGAAACCCCACUUCACCUGGUGUGUUCUUUCAGCCCGAAAAAACACACUGUGGAAGUGAUGAGCGGCAUGGCACAAAUCGCAGAAUCUCUGCUCAAGACUGGAGCCAACCCAAACAUGCAGAAUAGCAAGGGCAGAACUCCGUUACAUGAGGCUGUUGCAUCAGGGAAUGAGCUUGUGUUCAGCCAACUCCUACAGUGCAAACAGCUUGACCUGGAACUCAAGGAUCAUGAGGGCAGCACAGCACUGUGGCUGGCCCUGCAGUAUAUCACUCUGUCUUCAGACCCCUCAGUAAACCCAUUUGAUGAUGAUGCACCAGUAGUAAAUGGCACAUCCUUCGACGAGAAUAGCUUUGCAGCACAGCUUAUCCAGAGAGGAAGCAACCCUGAUGCACCGGACACUACCACUGGAAACUGCCUGAUGCAGAGAGCAGCUCGGGCAGGCAAUGAAGCAGCUGCUCUUUUUCUAGCCACUCAUGGAGCAAAGGUCAACCAUGUCAACAAAUUGGGUGAGACCCCGCUUCAUACUGCAUGCCACUUUGGCCUGGCAAGCCUGACAGCAGAGCUGCUCCAGCAGGGGGCCAACCCCAACCUGCAGACCCAGAAGGGUCUGCCUGAUGACCCCCUAGGUGUGGCUAUGCAGACCCCACUGCACAUGGCCAUUGCUCACAAUCAUCCAGAUGUGGUCUCUGUCAUUCUUGAGCAAAAAGCCAAUGCACUACAUGCCACCAAUAACUUGCAGAUCAUUCCAGACUUCAGUCUCAAAGACUCCAUGGACCAGACAGUGCUGGGCUUGGCCCUCUGGACAGGUAUGCACAUCAUAGCAGCUCAGCUGCUGGGCUCAGGGGCUUCUAUCAAUGACACUAUGUCCAAUGGACAAACACUGCUUCACAUGGCCAUCCAAAGACAGGACAGCAAGAGCUCCCUCUUCCUUCUUGAGCAUCAGGCAGACAUCAAUGUUAGGACCCAGGAAGGACAAACAGCACUACAGUUGGCCAUCAGUAACCAGCUGCCACUGGUGGUAGAUGCUAUUUGCACAAGAGGGGCUGAUAUGUCUGUGGUGGAUGACAAAGGUGACCCUCCUUUGUGGUUGGCUCUCGAGAAUGGCCUGGAAGACAUUGCAUCCACCCUGGUCCGCCAUGGCUGUGAUGCAACUUGUUGGAGUACAGGGCCUUCUGGUUCCCAGCAGACCCUCCUGCACAGAGCUGUUGAUGAGAAUAAUGAGGUGUCUGCUUGCUUCCUCAUCCGCAGUGGGUGUGAUGUGAACAGCCCCAGGCGCCCAGGCCCUAAUGGGGAGGGAGAUGAAGAAGCCAGAGAUGGACAAACACCCCUCCACCUGGCAAGCAGCUGGGGAUUGGAAGAGGUGGUGCAGUGCCUUCUAGAAUUUGGAGCUAAUGUAAAUGCACAGGAUGCAGAGGGUAGAGCUCCCAUCCAUGCUGCCAUAAGUAGCCAGCACAAUGUCAUUAUACAGCUCCUCAUUUCCCAUCCAGAGAUUCGUCUCAACAUUCGCGACCGCCAAGGAAUGACCCCCUUUGCCUGUGCUAUGACACACAAGAACAAUAAGGCGGCAGAGGCUGUCCUGAAGAGAGAGCCAGGUGCUGCUGAACAGGUGGACAGCAAAGGGCGUAACUUUCUCCAUGUGGCUGUGCAAAAUUCAGACAUUGAAAGUGUCCUGUUCCUCAUCAGUGUCCAAGCUAAUAUCAACUCCAGGGUUCAGGAUGCAGCCAAACUCACCCCUCUACACCUGGCUGUCCAGGCCGGAUCUGAGAUCAUUGUCCGCAACCUGCUACUUGCCGGAGCCAAAGUAAAUGAGCUGACCAAACACAGGCAGACAGCACUGCAUUUGGCUGCCCAACAGGACCUGGCCACUAUUUGUUCUGUGUUGUUGGAGAAUGGAGUAGACUUUGCUGCUGAGGAUGAGAAUGGCAAUAAUGCUCUGCAUCUGGCUGUGAUGCACGGCCGCCUUAACAAUGUCAGAACCCUUCUCACAGAGUCCAACAUUGAUGCUGAGGCCUUCAAUCUCAGGUUCACCCUAUUCCUUUUGUAG